AAUACCCCUCUCUAUUCGAGACCACUUUUUCAAAGAACAAAAUAGCCUCAGUCCGAUUUUCAACACAAGCUAUAAUCCUCUAAUAGUAAUUGGAGACCGAAACCUGAGACCACCCCAAAUUUUCAGGUCCCAAAGUGGUUUUGGCCAAGUUUUCGGAAUUGGCGACAGGGUCCAAAAGUUAAAAUGAUGCUGUACGCACACGUACACGUGGGUGGGCGUGUUCAGACUAUCCAGGGUAGCGCUUGUGAGAUACUUUUCGCCAAUGAAAAUGCUGAUCAGGAUCAUUACCAUAUUUAGUAUUAAUUUUUAUGAUAUUGCGCAUUGCGUGUUUGUAAAAGAAAAGAGACGCGCAUACGUAUUUGAACAUAAUUCUGGCGGCAAGUGUCAUUUUCUUCGCGAUCUUUGUCACAACAAAUAGCCUAUAAAACAUUUAACACCAUUCCACAACAUGUGCGAUGAGGACAUUGCUGCUUUGGUAAUAGACAAUGGAUCGGGGAUGUGCAAAGCUGGAUUUGCCGGUGACGAUGCUCCAAGGGCUGUGUUUCCUUCAAUCGUUGGCAGACCACGACACCAGGGAGUAAUGGUUGGGAUGGGUCAAAAAGACAGCUAUGUUGGUGAUGAAGCUCAGAGUAAACGAGGUAUUUUGACACUCAAGUACCCCAUCGAACAUGGCAUAGUAACUAACUGGGAUGACAUGGAAAAAAUUUGGCACCAUACGUUCUACAAUGAGCUAAGAGUUGCACCGGAGGAACACCCGGCAUUGUUGACUGAGGCACCGCUCAAUCCUAAAGCGAACAGAGAGAAAAUGACUCAGAUAAUGUUUGAAACAUUCAACAGCCCAGCAAUGUACGUUGCCAUUCAAGCGGUAUUGUCUCUAUAUGCUUCAGGGAGGACUACAGGCAUUGUGCUAGAUUCAGGGGAUGGCGUCACCCACACGGUACCAAUAUACGAAGGCUAUGCUCUACCACAUGCAAUCAUUAGAUUGGAUUUGGCUGGACGUGAUUUGACAGACUACCUUAUGAAGAUACUCACAGAGAGGGGAUACUCAUUUACUACAACAGCUGAACGAGAAAUAGUACGGGACAUAAAAGAGAAGCUAUGCUACGUGGCAUUGGAUUUUGAGCAAGAGAUGGCCACUGCAGCUACUAGUUCACAACUAGAGAAAAGCUAUGAACUCCCAGAUGGACAAGUCAUCACCAUUGGCAAUGAGAGAUUCAGAUGUUCUGAGACAUUAUUUCAGCCCUCUUUCAUUGGAAUGGAGUCGAGUGGAAUACACGAAACAUCGUACAACAGUAUAAUGAAAUGUGAUGUUGAUAUCCGUAAAGAUCUGUACGCGAACACAGUGCUGUCAGGUGGAAGCACGAUGUUCCCUGGGAUAGCUGAUAGGAUGCAGAAGGAGAUCGCAGCAUUGGCUCCGAGUACCAUGAAGAUCAAGAUCAUUGCUCCACCGGAGAGGAAGUAUUCCGUUUGGAUAGGAGGCUCAAUCCUAGCCUCCCUCUCAACAUUCCAACAGAUGUGGAUCAGUAAACAAGAGUACGAUGAAUCUGGUCCUAGCAUUGUCCACCGCAAGUGUUUUUAAAAUGCUCGACACCAAUUCAGAAUCUCGACACCGAAGUAGGCACGAUUCGAAUCUGGUCCUAGCAUUCUUCAUCACAAAUAUUUUUCAAAUGCUCACUACCUAAUUAUAAGUAAUAAUGAAUCUUUUAUUGCAAAACACUAAAUAAUAGGCUUAAAUAUCUUAACGCCAAUCUUAAAAUUCGACGAACACUGAACAACCUAAAAAUUUAUAAUGUUUACAUAACUUGAAUAUAACUGCCUUUUUAUUUGAGUUUUUGUGUGUGUGUUUCUGAUUGUUAUUGGUUAGCGAAUUAAUGAUGUUUCAGCUUUGUAACAUAGCUGAAGUUAUCAUUUGGUUUAUAUAAUAAACUUUUAACAUGACAUGAACUAAAUCUCGUAAUUUGUAAGUGGUGAGAAUAAAUCAGUUACACUUAUUCGGGUACCUAUGCAUGAUUACAAAAAUAACAUGGUGUCAUUUUGAAACUGCGCUUCUUUUUGCUCUUUAUGAUUGAUUCAGAAAUCAUGUAAUCCAAAACACUAAAUGAACUACAGUAGUAGUACUAAAGUGGUCAUCGCUGUCCCUUAUAGAGCGUAGUCAUCUGUGGUCGAGCCAGGAUUUGCACGACGAGGGGUUCAAAGUACCCGAAGGGGGGAUGUCCAAGACGGAAAAAAAUGGGCAUGGUCGGUCGUCGCUCAAAUUCUCUCAAAAGUGUUCCAGAGGGGGCGCAGACCCCGAAAAAUAUGACAAUUUAAGGGUUUUCAAAGGCUAUCGAUUUUGGAGUCUACUAAUAUGUAGAAAAUACAUUUUUUUUCUCCCCAACGACCCGACGAAUUCUGGUUUUUAUCUCCGACGGGGCCUUGAUC